AUGAAAGCGAUUAAGCGAGUGAACUUACAUGUAGCCACGGAGAUUGGAUGGGAGUUUAGUGUUGUUCCCUCAUUAAAUCUAUCCAAGAUUCUAUGCUUCGCUUGGAAAGCACCCAUCCCACCCCCACCCAUUCUCCAUUUGCUUAUAAGGGUGAGAAGGUCAAGAUCAAGAUCAAAACUAAAUAGACAAUAUAGUAUCCAGAUGUAUAAUCAUCAUCAUCAUCAAAGAAAGAACAUCCAUUCUACAUCAAGAAUGUCAAUUACACCAGAAAGGCAUCUGUUUCUGCAAGGUGGGGGCGAUUCGGGACUUGUUUUAUCAACAGAUGCUAAACCUAGACUCAAAUGGACACCAGACCUCCAUGAACGCUUCAUAGAAGCAGUCAACCAGCUUGGAGGAGCAGAUAAGGCUACUCCAAAAUCAGUUUUAAAGCUAAUGGGAAUUCAAGGGCUUACUUUAUACCACUUAAAGAGUCAUCUCCAGAAGUACAGGCUCAGUAAAAAUCUAUAUCGGCAAACUAAUAGUGGUGGCACAAAUAAAGUUGAUAUGGUCACGCCAGUAGGAGAUGCCAUUGGUGAAACAAAUGGACCCCACAUGAGCAGUUCAAGUGUUUGCCCUCAAACAUACAAAAACUUGCAGAUAAGUGAAGCAAUACAAAUGCAAAUUGAAGUUCAAAAAAGGCUACAUGAGCAACUUGAGGUACAGAGACAUUUACAGCUACGAAUAGAAGCACAAGGGAAAUACUUACAAGCGGUUCUUGAAAAAGCACAAGAGACUCUUGGAAGGCAAAACUUAGGUACAGCAGGACUAGAGGCUACAAAAGUUCAGCUAUCUGAAUUGGUCUCCAAAGUAUCCACUCAGUGCCUAAAUUCUGCAUUUUCGGGAAUUAAAGAUUUGUCAAUGCAGAGAAAUCAUCCAACAGAUUAUUCAAACGACAGUUGCUUGACUUACUAUGAAGGACAACAAAAUGAACAAGAGAUGAUGGGGUUGACCCCUUCAAAGUCAAAAAAGGUUGACAAUGAGCCAGAAAAUGCAUGGUGUGAAAAAACGAAAAGAAAUAAAAAUUUUGAUCUGUCGAUGAGUGUUGGAGGACUCAAAAACAAUGAAUGGAACACCAGUAGAAGAUACACCGACGAAAAAUUCAUGGAUGGGGACGAGGAAGCCAUUUUCAUGGAUCAAAUCACAAAAACAAAGACAGAUUCGGUGAGGCUAGAGAACAUGGAGAUGUCUCAAAAGUUUCAGUUGCCUUAUUUUGAACAGAAACUUGACCUUAAUGCCCAUGAUGAGAACGAUGCAGCUUCAAGUCACAAACAGUUCGAUCUGAAUGGACUAAGUUGGUGAUAACAGGGUUUAAUUUUGAAUGCAGAAUCAUUUUUCUCAUUAAUGCCAGUAUCUUGCUGAUCCUGAGUACCUGAUAAGUGAUAAAAUCACAACAAAUGGCAAGCAGUAUCUCAACCGAUGAGUAAGCCAAGUAGAGAUGGCAAUGGAGCUGACCCGAAUCCUCGCCCCUAUCCCUGCCUGGGAAUAUAAAUGCAUCCCCAUCCCCGUAUCCAGUGGGAAACAGGGAUCCCAGUGGAUAAUCGGGGAUUUUUCCCCAUUAGAUUUUCCAUGGGAACUCAACAACCCGGAAAAAUGAGAGUUGGAAAUGCAUGCAUUUUCCAUUUUGUAAAAAGUACAAGUAUUGUACUAAUAUAAUUGUUUGUAAUGAUGAAAACAGCUAUUAAAUAGAUCAUUUUAGCUUCAAAAUCGAAAUGAUUUGACACC